AUGAUUUGGCCUUUUGGGGUCACAUACCCGCAGUGCCGGGUCACUGAUGUCGAGGGCAAGACCUUUGACUACAUCCUCGUUGGAGGCGGCACGGCUGGAUGCGCAGUCGCUUCUCGACUGAGUGAAGACCCUCAUGUCAGCGUCCUUCUCAUCUGCAACGGCAAGAUCGAAGACAGUUGGAUACACAGUAUUCCUAUAGUCGGGAACGCGAGAGAGAAUCGUGGCGCUGAUAUCGAUACCAUACAUUCCGAGCCCGAUGAGCAAUGGGAUGGUGUCAAAGUCAGAUGCUUCACUUCUCGGUCACUCGGCGGCGCCUCCAACCUCAACGGGCUGAUGUACACGCGUGGUCCGCCGAGCAACUAUAACCAGUGGGCGGCUCUUGGAAACGACCAAUGGAGCUUUGAAAAGUGCGAGCCGUACUUCAAGAAGCUGGAGAACGCUUCGUCCCAGCCGGGAGCUUCUUAUCGUGGUCACAAUGGGCCAAUUCAUCUAAGGCAAGAUCCGCCGGUGACUUCGAUCGAUGCAUACAUUCAACAAGCAGCAAGGGACAUGGAUCUUCCUGUUCGUAACGACAUGAACAACCCGAAGGCUCCUCCCGAAGGUCUCUAUACCAUAGAGCAUAUGAUCGAUCAGUCCGGAUACCGCCACUCGGCCGUCGCUGCAUACUUGCCAAAGUCGCUUGUGAUUCAGCGUCAAAACAGACUUACAAUUUGCAGUGGGGGAAUAGCUACUAGGCUCCGUUUUAGCGAAGACGGCAGUGAAGCGGAAGGCGUCUAUGUUUUGGAUCACCUCAAUAAGAAGUCGGGAAAAGAAUGCUUGGUCCACGCCAGACGAGAAGUCAUCAUUUGCUGCGGCUCCCUCUUCACUCCUCAACUCCUCAUCGGCAUUGGUCCAAAACAACACCUCGAAGAUCUCAAGAUCCCGUUAAUUCGAAACCUUCCCGGAGUUGGCGCAAACCUACAUGACCAUGUCUCUUUCGGCAUCUCCUUCCAGGUCCGCUUCUCGGACUCCUAUCUCUGCCUCCAGAACCCCCUCGUGGCAAUAUGGAUGCUCUUCCUCUUCGUCUUCUACAGGAUAGGAAUUCUCUCAACGUGUGGUGGGAGACUUUGCGCCUUCGUACAGAGCAAGAAUAUCGACGACUCAACUAUGAGGGUGAAGUCAUGUGAAAGUGGUACGGACCCCUCCCUGCCAGAGAACCUACCAGACGUCGAAGUCCUUUUCGUCAACGCAGCACAUAACCCUGAGAUAUGGAAAGGAUACUGCGCAUUCCUGGCCACGCUUGUCCAGCCGUGUUCCAGAGGCCGCAUCGAAUUAGCUUCUUCGGAUCCUCUAGCCCUGCCCAGAUUUCACUUCCAGCAUUUCAAGGACCCGCGGGACAUGGUCGUUGCACGAAAAGCAGCCCGUUUUGCCAUGAACUAUGUCGACACCUUCCGCAAGACCAAGUAUCCUUACAGUUCUGCAUGGCAUCUGGCCCCGGGAGUCACCAAAGGGACAGGGGAAGGCAGCUGGAGGGACGUGACCGAUGACCAGAUUGAUGAUUACUUGAAAAGGCAAACGGUCAAUUUCUAUCAUCCAACUUCGACAUGUCGUAUGGCGCUAGAGGGUGAUGGAGGUGUCGUGGGACAAGACAUGAAGGUUCACGGCGUCAAGAAUCUGCGGAUUGCGGACGCUAGUGUGUUCCCAACAAACACGAGUGCGCACCCGGUGGCGGCUGUCUAUAUGGUUGCAGAAAGGUGCGCCGAUUUUGUGAAGUCUGGGUGGGCAGAAAAGGCUUGA